GCGCCACCUAGUUUGGACAAUAAUAAGAGAUCUCCUUUAAGAAUACGUGGCAGUGACGUCAACAUCGGUGUUAAGAACCCGGAUAUUGUUCACGACCAGCGGAGUUGUUCAACCAGCGGAGAGGCAGAGUGGUGAUGUUGGUGCAUCGGCGUCACGGUCCUAGAAGCAGCCAGGACGGGGUGUACACUGGGCCACCUCAGACCCAGACCCAGCUGGAAACCCCCCUGGCUGUCCCAGCACCCAUCACCCCUGUCAUAGACACAUUCAGCAUGUCCUGCCGAGACCGUACCAGUGAGUUUCAGUCUGUGUGCAAGUCCCUGCAGGGGAGACAGAAUGGAGCACAACCUGUCAGAACUGUCCACAGUGCAGUCAGACAGCGGAGUGAAUUCACACUCCUGGCUAAGCGAAUUGGAAGAGACCUCAGCAACACUUUUGCCAAGUUAGAGAAGCUCACAAUCCUGGCCAAACGAAAGUCCCUUUUUGAUGACAAAGCAACUGAAAUUGACGAACUCACUUACAUUGUGAAACAGGACAUCAACAGUCUUAAUAAGCAGAUAGCUGGCCUGCAGGAAGUCGUUCGAUCACGGAGUGGACAGAAUGGCAGACAUCUCCAGACACAUUCCAACACUAUCGUAGUCUCCUUACAGUCCAAACUGGCAUCGAUGUCAAGUGACUUCAAGUCAGUCCUGGAAGUCAGAACAGAGAACUUAAAGCAGCAGAGAAGCAGACAAGAGCAGUUUUCUCAGACUCCUGCCUCAUCCUCUUCUUACCACACCAACAGCUUCAACAAUUCAGUGCUUAUGCAGGACGACUCCAAGAAGACUGAUAUCUCUAUAGAUAUGGACCUCGGCUCCAGUCAGCAGAUGCAGUUAAUCGAUGAACGGGAUUCGUACAUUCAGAGCCGUGCAGACACUAUGCAGAAUAUAGAGUCCACUAUUGUGGAGCUCGGCUCUAUAUUUCAGCAGCUGGCUCACAUGGUGAAAGAACAGGAAGAGACUGUACAGAGAAUUGAUGCCAAUGUCGAGGACACUCAGCUGAACGUGGAGCUAGCGCACUCAGAGAUACUCAAAUAUUUCCAGUCUGUGUCCAACAACCGCUGGCUGCUCAUCAAGAUGUUCCUGAUCCUCAUCAUUUUUUUCAUCGUCUUUGUGGUUUCAUGACCUGAUGUCCACUCUUAAGAGAUGCAGGUUUCAGUAUUUGAGGAAUGAAAGGGGCUGUUCUCUCAGACUUCUUUCAUCUUUUCUCUGCUCACUGGCCGCCGAGCUCUGUUUUAGUGAUCUUUUUCCUCAAAAUGGAUGGAGUUUAAUAUUCAUAAGCCUCAAUUCUAUAUAGGCAGGGCAUUUGUCAGUUUGUAACAGUUUGUCCAUUUAAAUUUCAAUCUGAUAUGUUUCUAUAUCUGUAUAUGCAAGCUCUUGGAAAUGAUUGUCUAUAAUUUGGUUUUCUAAAUCACACAGAUUGCGGAGAUAUCCUUGAGGAAAGCCAGCAGUCGUCUCAUGCAUACAAAAAACCACCCACCAUUUUAACAGAUUCUGUGUGACUUAUGAUUGUAUUAAUCAUGAUAUACACCUUUAGA